GCGAUGGUCGCAAGAUGGCGGCGCUGAAGGAGGAUCGGAGCUACGGGCUGUCGUGCGGGCGGGUGAGCGACGGCAGCAAGGUGUCCGUGUUCCAUGUGAAGCUCACCGACAGUGCCCUGAGGGCCUUCGAGAGCUACCGCGCCAGCCAGGAUUCUGUUUCACUGAGACCUUCGAUUCGAUUUCAGGGAAGUCAAGGGCACAUCUCCAUCCCUCAACCCGACUGCCCCGCGGAGGCGCGGACGUUCUCCUUCUACCUCUCCAACAUCGGCCGUGACAGCCCCCAGGGCAGCUUCGACUGCAUCCAGCAGUACGUCUCCAGCCAUGGGGAUGUCCACCUGGACUGCCUGGGCAGCAUCCAGGACAAGAUCACAGUGUGCGCCACUGACGACUCCUACCAGAAGGCGCGGCAGAGCCUGGCGCAGGCUGAGGAGGAGACGCGCAGUCGAGGUGCCAUCGUCAUCAAGCCCGGAGGCCGUUACCUGGGCAAGAAGGUUCAGUUUCGGAAGCCAGCCCCAGGGGCAGUGGAUGCUGUGCCCUCCCGGAAGCGGGCAACUCCGAUCAACCCGGCCAGCGCCAUCAAGAAGUGCAGCGCUGGCAGCGCCGGCGGGGGCAGCGGGGUGGCUCAGCGGCCCUUCCGGGACCGCGUGCUGCACCUGCUGGCCCUGAGGCCCUACCGGAAGGCCGAGCUGCUGCUACGGCUGCAGAAGGAUGGCCUGGCGCAGGCGGACAAGGACGCGCUGGACGGCCUCCUCCAGCAGGUGGCCAACGUGAGUGCCAAGGAUGGCACGUGCACCCUGAAGGACUGUGUGUACAAGGAUGUGCAGAAGGACUGGCCUGGCUACUCGGAGGGAGACCAGCAGUUGCUGAAGCGGAUGCUCAUUCGGAAACUCUGCCAGCCACAGAGCACAGGGGGCCUCCCUGGGGAACUUGCUGCCAACAGUCCUCCGAGCGAGCACGGGAGCUCAACCUCGCCCCCUCAGAAACGGCCGCAGCCUCCUGAUUUCAUUGACCCUCUGGCCCACAAGAAACCCAGGAUAUCGCACUUCACCCAGAGAGCUCAGCCCACAGUCAACGGGAAGUUGAGCGCGACCCUCGGCCGCGAGGGCCUGCUGCCCACCCCGGGCCCCCUGGCUGGUACGGACACCCACCUGCCCCUGCGACUGGAGCCGCCGCGGGCCCACGACCCCUUGGCCGAUGUCAGCAACGACCUGGGCCACAGCGGCCGGGACUGUGAGCGUGGGGAAGUGGCUGCCCCAGCCCCUACUGAGCGCCUCAGCAUGCCCCUGCUGACGGACUGUGCCCAGCCCAGCAGGCCCCACGGCAGCUCCUUGCACAGCAAAUCCAAGAAGAAAUCCAAGAAGCACAAAGACAAGGAGAGGGCAGCUGAGGACAGGCCCCGGGACCGGCCACUCAGCCAGAUGCCGGGCCCCCCUGGAGCCCCUCCAGUUGCCCCACCAGUCACCCCGGGUUUAAACGGGACCUGCAGCAGCUCAAGUGUCCCCACGUCGACCUCGGAGACGCCCGACUACUUGCUAAAAUACGCCACCAUCUCCUCCUCGGAGCAGCGGCAGAGCUACAAGAAUGACUUCAACGCGGAGUACAGCGAGUACCGAGGCCUGCACGCCCGCAUCGAGCAGGUCACGCGGCGCUUCACGCAGCUCGACGCGCAGCUCCGGCAGCUCUCGCAGGGCUCCGAGGAGUACGAGACUACUCGUGGGCAGAUCCUUCAGGAAUAUCGAAAAAUCAAAAAGACCAACACCAACUACAGCCAGGAGAAGCACCGCUGCGAGUACCUGCACAGCAAGCUGGCCCACAUCAAGAGGCUCAUCGCCGAGUACGACCAGCGACAGCUUCAGGCGUGGCCUUAGCCCCAGGCCACGGGGCAGGAGGUCCCAGUCGACCAGCCAGGCCAGCCCACCUCAGCUGGCUGACUGUUGUGGAUGGUGGGGGAGCUGGGGGCAAGGGGGAGCUAAGGACAAGAAAACAGAUUUAUUUAACACAAUAAACGUGAGGAAGAAUACAGUCA